AUGGCGGCCAUCAUGGUGGUUGCCAGUGCCCAGAACACCCGCUUGGUCCAGAGUCAGGGAGAGGGCCCGUGCAUUUUGUUGUACCCUUCGGGGGACAAUGACUUUGUAUACUACCCUAACCCUAACCCUCCAGGGGAGAUGAGGCAGAGGGUCCAGAGGGACUAUCUAACCCCAACCCGGGAAGGAGGCCUCCAACUGGGAUCCCAGACCUCCAGGACCAGGGGGGUGUCACUGGAGGUAUUUAACCAGGGAAGGAGGCCUCCAACCUGGGAAGGAGGCCUCCAACUGGGAUCCCAGACCUCCAGGACCAGGGGCGUGUCACUGGAGGAGCAGUUCAUUGAGCUGUGCAAGACCCUGUACUGCAUGUUCUCUGAGGACACGUGCGAGCAGCAGCUGUACCACUCCAUCGCCACAGUGGCCUCUCUGCUGCUGCGCAUAGGCGAGGUGGCCAAACGCUUCAACAACCACAUCCCUGAGCCCCCCGCGCAAAGCCCCACAGGACGAAAGCCGGACGCGCACUGGUCCAUCAGCUUUGAGCAGGUCCUGGCCUCGCUGCUCACCGAGACCCCGCUGGUCGACUUCUUCGAGAGGAAGGCCCUGCUCCGGGACAAGAUGGCCGCCGCGCCCCGAAGUAGGAGGGAGUCUGAGUCCGAGGCGCACAAGUGA